CCCAGCACACGGCAAGACUGACUAUCUUGCAAUAGGUUAAGCGGAUAUUUACAGCGAAAGAUAACCAACCCCAUUGGUGGCUUGCGGCAAGCCUGAUAUCUUGCAUCUGAUAAUUAAAUAAAAAUAGCAUUCGGUUUAAUUAGCUGAACCGCCUGUGUUUGACAACUCUGAACAUAUUAACAAAUUUGUAUGUGAAAUGAUUAAAUUUCAAUGUAUAAAAGAUUUAGACAGUAAAGUAUGAACUGUGGAAUAUAAUAUAUAAAAGUGCACUUACAAAAAUAUCUAACACAUAGAAAAUUAGGGUAUAGCGAGAAUAACAUCAAGAGACACCGUCAAAACCAAAAAACUAAAAUACAUGAAACAAAUCCUAAUCAACAGGCCUUAUCAAUUCCCCGGUCUCUCUACCUACGCCACUAAACAUUACAUCAUACCAUCAAUUAGCCUUCGGAACUGACCCUCGUCAUCAUUCCGACUCGAGACUCGGACACUGAACAUUGUGUCCCCUGUGUCCAACGCACCACAUCCAAUCCAAAAGCCGGCGAUAUUCAUUCAUCAAAAAGCAAUCGCAAAGCAGAGAGCAAACACCCGUCCCAUCUACGCAUGCUUAUAAAUAUGCGUAUGCUUGAAAAGCAGAAAUUUAAUCUGCUCACAUACUGCUGAACUCCCACCACCACUAUCACAUGCUCGACCAGGGCGAAGCCGGACAAGUGCGUCGCGCACUAUAAUCGUUCAUAAAAGAAACGAACCUCCCUGGAGCGAUAGGAAGCCGCGUCAGAGGCAGCUAACUCUGCUCAUGACGCAGUAUUAUUUUGUAAUUAAAAGAAUAGGAAAAAAAAGAAAUUAAACAAAACUCUCGAAACGUUCCACGUGACAGUUAAGUAUGAUCUCACAUUGCUCAGGUGUCCACGUGACAAUUAAGUAUCAUCUCACAUUGCUCAGAUUACCUACCCCUCCCAAGUUGAGAACACUCCGGGGACAUGCUCUCAAGUUAGCAAUACCGUUUCUCUGCCGGCUGAAAACGCAGAACGCACACUCAUCCAGCUUUGCAAACGUAUUGCCUGUCGACCUGGUUUUGAGCGCGCGUUGCGAACUUCCAGCAGCGACGCUGCACGUUAGUACCAACCGCGCACUAAACCGUGAUAGAGGUCGUACACUGGUGCGCUAACGCAGCACACAGUAGCACACGCGUCUGUGUCUCACAUCUCCGGUUGACACAUUUACCGUGUCCGGAGGAGGAAAAUCAGUGCCCACAGAAACAAUCGAUUCCAACUCUAAACCCACUGGCCGGUAGCGAACUCCAGCGAACCGUGAACGUUCUACAGUUUGUGUCUGGGACACCUUACCUGGGACACGGUGUACAUUACAGAGCCGCGCGCGUUUAACAGGUCUCAGACAGGGCCAAAAAGGUGUCUUUUCAACCAUGAUCUACCCAACCGUGGACGCCUUCCAGAGCUAUCUCUGGCUGGUGCUGGUUUGUGUGGUGCUAUAUUUGGUCUGGUUUCUCGCUACAACCGGCACACGCUACUGGCAGUGUGUCCCACGGGUGCCGCACAUCAAGGGCCGCCCGCUGGUGGGCAACUUCCUCGACGCGUUACUGAUGCGAAAAUCCGUGUUCGAUCUAAUGGACGAGCUGUACGUGGACGAGCGGGUACGGGACAGUGCACUGUUUGGCAUCAGCAAGCUGCUCACGCCCACCCUCGUGCUGCGCGAUCCGGAGCUGAUCAAGCAGAUACUAAUUAAAGAUGCAGCGUUCUUUUGCAAUCGCUCCAUGUCCACCGAUCAACAUGGCGAUCCGAUCGGGUACUACAACUUGCUGAUGAUUAAAAAUCCACCCUGGAAGCAGCUCCGGUCUUACCUAACGCCGUCACUUAGCCUGAGCAAAAUCAAACAGAUGUACCCGUUGCUCGAUCAGGUCGGUGCAGACAUGAUGGCGUCACUCGACGCCCUACCCGUACUGCGACCCAAUGUGCGCGAGACGGAGUUUAAGGAGCUUUGCGCCCGGUUCACCACCGACGUGAUCGCGAGCACGUUCUUCGGCAUGCAGGCCAACUGUCUGAAGGAUGAGCAGUCCGAGUUCCGGUACUAUGGGCGGAAGAUCUUCGACUACGGACCGGGGCGCGGCCUGACGAUGGCAUCGUUCUUCUUUCUGCCCGAGCUGGUGCCUUAUUUGCGGCUGAAGCUUUUCCCCCGCGACACGGAAGCAUUUCUUAAGGCGAUUAUCGAGCAGGAGAUCGCACGGCGCGAGCAGACCGGCGAAAGUCGGGGCGAUUUUAUCGACUCAAUGAUUGCGCUGAAAAACAAUAAUGCCACGCUCGGUGUGAAGGAGAAGAUACCAAUCAAAGGAGACAUACUUGUGGCACAAGCUGCCACCUUCUAUAUGGCCAGCUUCGAAACGACCUCCUCGGUGCUAUCGUUCGCCCUCUACGAGCUGACGAAAAAUCCACACGUCCAAGAAAGGUUGCGCGAAGAGAUACGCGAAAUUAUUGGAAAAUAUGGACGCGAAAUUCCGUACGAAGCGUACGCGAACGAGAUGCCGUACCUCGGUAUGGUCAUCUCGGAAACGAACCGUCUCUAUCCGGUGCUUGCCUUCAUCGAGCGACAGUGUACCCUGCCGGAGGGAAGCACCGGGUACAAGCUGGAACCGUUGCACGAUUACGUUAUCCCUAACGGUAUGCCCAUUAUGAUUCCAAUUUAUGCCAUCCAUCGUGAUCCAAAGUAUUUCCCCAACCCGACCGUGUUCGAUCCGGAGCGCUUUGCGAAGGAAAACCUGGACCAGAUACAGCCCUGCACCUACAUGCCGUUCGGCGUUGGACCACGCACCUGUCUGGGGUCACAUUUUGGGACGUUGCAGAUCAAAAUAGCCCUGCUAAAGCUGCUCUCCCAGUAUCGCAUCGAGCGUUCGCCCUCCACGCCCGAGGUGCUAACUUACCGCAAGAACGCGUUCACGCUCAACUCCAACGAAGGGCUGUACGAGGCGCUGGUUGAGGAUGCGAUGUGAAAUAUAUACAACAACCGGACCAACACAAA